GUCUCUCCGUCGCUGCAUGGCUUCCGUGCAUAGCGACUUCCUCAUUUCUUCCUUCUCUGUGGAAUUCUGCACUUCACCGUCUCGAUUCCCUCUCAAAGCUCGUUUCUUUGCCCGCUUCCUCUUCCUCCACUUGUCGUCCCCCUUCACCCCCACCGUCGUCCACGCCUUCUCCGAUCUCUCUUCCUGCGCCAACGCUCAUGGAGCCCACACCGAGCAUCGAGCACUUCACAGAGAACGGCCGCCCCAGGAGAAGAUUCUUGUGGAGUAUGCAAUCCCUAAACCUAGGAAGGGUAAUUUGUGGCCGAGAGGUGAAAAGGCGGAACCUUUGGCGAGAAGCGUGAGUGAAAAUGGAGUCGACAGGUGGAUGAAGAAGGACGGCAAGAUAUCCGAGGCUAGGGUUUCUGGAAAGCAGAUGAAAAUUAAGCUGGAUUCCUGCUCCAAAACUGGUGAUGUCAUGGAAGCCAUUGCCGUCUACGACUCCGCGGUCGGCCAAGGAAUAAAAUUGCAGCAGUACCACUACAAUGUGCUGCUUUACCUUUGCUCUUCUGCGGCGGUUGGCAUCGUUCAUCCUGCUAAAAGUGGUAGUGUUAAUUCUAAAUCCGAUCCAGAUUGGCAUAUUGAUGGAGAUUUGGUUGCAGAUGCAGACCAAGGAAGUAGAAGAGCUUCUGUUCCGAUUCUAGUAAGCGAUGACAUCAGAGACUAUGCUCGAACCAGAGGACUUGAGAUAUAUGAAAAAAUGUGCUUGGAGAAGAUUGCCAUGAGCGAAGCAGCUCUAACAUCUGUGGCUCGAAUAGCAAUGUCCAUGGACGAUGGUGACAUGGCCUUUGAUUGUGUUAAGCGAAUGAAGCUUUUGGGUAUAACUGCAAGGGUGCGGUCGUAUGGUCCUGCAUUGUUCACCUUCUGCAACAGAGGCGACAUUGAUAAGGCAUUCGAAGUUGAAGCUCACAUGUCGGAAAAUGGCAUCCAACCUGAAGAACCAGAGUUGGAAGCACUUCUAAGAAUUAGCAUUGCGGCUCGCAGAGGUGACAAGGUGUAUUACCUGCUACACAAGCUUAGAACUAAUGUGAGACAGGUCUCUGCAUCCACAGCAGAGCUGAUUGAGGCUUGGUUCAAGAGUUCGACUGCGUCAAGACUGGGGAAAAGGAAAUGGGAUGUGAAAAAAUUAGCAGAGGCAAUUGAGAAUGGUGGAGGGGGGUGGCAUGGGCUUGGUUGGCUCGGUAAAGGGAAAUGGAGUGUGGCACACACAUCAGUAGAUCCAGAUGGUGUCUGCAUGUCUUGUGGUCACAAAUUGGCAACCAUCGAUCUUGAUCCAGUUGAGACAGAAAGCUUUGCCAAGUCUGUUGCAUCACUGGCCAACAAGAGAGAAAGGAAUUCAAAUUUUCAGAAGUUUCAAAAAUGGUUGGACUACUAUGGCCCUUUUGAAGCUGUUGUAGAUGCAGCAAAUGUUGCUCUCUAUAGUCAGAAGCGGUUCUCAGUUAAUAAGGUCAGUGCUGUUGUUAAUGCCAUACGGCAGAAACUACCUAUGAAGAGAUGCCCACUUAUUAUUGUACAUAAUAAACGACUCAUUGGAAACAAGAUGAAAGAUCCUAUGAACAUGAAGUAUUUGGAGAAAUGGAAGAAUGCAGAUGCGCUUUAUGAAACUCCUACUGGAUCUAAUGAUGAUUGGUACUGGUUAUAUGCAGCUAUAAAAUUUAAAUGCCUUAUUGUGACAAAUGACGAGAUGAGAGACCACACAUUCCAGGUCUUAGGCAAUAACUUCAUUCCAAGAUGGAAAGAAAGACAUCAGGUGCAUUUCACUUUCCAUAAUGGAAGUUUGGAGUUUCAUAUGCCACCUCCAUGUUCUAUUAUUAUUCAGGAAAAUGAGAGAGGCCAUUGGCAUAUUCCAAUCUCAAUAAAAGAAGAGCAUGAGAGGAAACACUCCUGGCUAUGUGUGACACGCAACAACCUACACAAUGUAAAAGAAGCAACAUCAAGUACUCUUAGAGAUUUGACGAGCAGUCCUGCACCAUAUGCUGUAGCAAAGAAUCAUGUCCCACACAAAGGAAUCUUUAAGGAGAAUACCCUUACAAAAUCUCACAAAUGUUUAGCCAAUGGCAAAACUAAAGAACCAUAUGGUAUAUUAUGCACCAUUGAAGCAGCUGAGAAGCUCUAUGAUUGUGUGAUUGAUUUCCAAAUAUAAGAAGGAAGAUUCUAGGCUUAGUAUUGAAUGCCAGAUGCAAGUCACCCUACAAAGAAACACAAGCAUCGACGUGGAACUCUCCCCAUGGAUCUCAUCCUCUUCUCUUUCUCCAACACCACCAGCUCAUCAUUUCUCUUCCUUUCCUCCAUAAUGGCUUUUGCUUCCUCAGCAAAUUUGUCGAUCCUCAGUACCUCAUCACGGUAUUCACUCAAUGCUCUUGCUUGUCUGCGUUCCAGAAUCCGGAUCCCCCUACAAAAUUCAGACCAAGAAGCCAACUGAUGACACGACCUGAUGAUGAUGACAAUGAUGGUAAAGAAAAGUAAGUAAUUGCUAACCUGUUUUCGCUCCAAAUGCUGUUUGGCUUUGGACUUCUUAUUGCUCUCCCAUUCAAGAAUAGUAAUCUUCAUCUUUUCAUACCUGCAAAGCAGUUCUGAUGAACGUUUUUUUUAAUUGAUAAUAAAGUUCUAAUAACCUACCUUUUUCUUAUUUUAUCCAAUUUAGCCAUCUCCCAUGCAUCAACUUUUCCUUAGAAUCUCAUGGAAUCAAUUGUUCUUCCUCUAGAAUCUGUAGUUUGUCUCCCUGAGAUUUGCCUCUUGCUGCCUGCAUGCAAUCAUUUAGAUACUUCUCAGACAAAGUUAGUAACAUUGCUGUUCAAAAUCAGAGAUUGGACUUUAGAAUUUGUGGCUUUAAAUUUUUACAAGUUUGUUAAAUUUUUAGAAGUUGUCUCAAGUUUUUCGGAAAAAAACAUUAUAUCUUUCACAGGAAUUGGCCUUGAUUUUUGCUCUAUAAGAAGGUUUGAGUCCUCCAUAUAUUCUUUGAUUUCAUGAAUUUUGUUUGCUUUGUGAGUUUCUCUGUGGGAUUACUUUUAGUUGUUAUUUCCUCACCGGAUAUGGCUCUUGUUAACUAAGAAUUCAGAGUUGGAUCCUCGUAUUAUAAAAAGAAACCCAAUUCAAGUGUCGUCUCACGUAUUAUACUAAAUAACUUUUUUCUACUAUUCAUUUGACAAAUUUUUGUGUCAAAAUUGUGCCAAAUUCGACUUACAUGCCAAUUAGUUGUUAUAUAGCAUUUAUGUAACAAAAUUGCGUGUAGUGGUGAGUUUUCGCAUAAUUUUGAUACAAGUUACCAACUGUUCUUGUGAAAUAGCUUGCGAAAAAGUACUACCUGGUUGUGACCUUUCAUCUGUUGCUUCCUUGCAGCUAAGCCAUCUGGAUAUUUUGCUAUAUCUAGUUGCUUUGUCCAUGCUAUCUCCUCCUCUUGUACUUUUGUUUACAGAUAUUGGUUGCGUCAUUGAUCGGUUACUCAGCUCAUUCUUGUUUUGCAACUCUUGGUUGCGUCACGACCGCCAUCACGAACACAAUGUUAGCUUUUGCCUUGCUCAUUUGUUCUCUAGAUUGUUGCAUUUGGAAUAAGUCAUCAUCAGUUCAACUCUGUUCGACAAAAGAAGGUUAGUGUUUGAUAAUUAAGCUUGUAUGAACAAUGUAUCAUUUGCCGACAAAUGACGAGGGCGCAGAUGAGGACGAUGACAAAAGAGAAGGUGAGAGCCAAUGCAUACCGUAAUUGUUUGAACAGAUUGUACAUUAAGCUUUCAUUUGUUGAAUCUCCAUUCAUAUUUGUAAUGGAGAAUAAGCUUCAAAAUGAAGUUAUGGUCAUGGAUGAACAAUUAUUUAAGGGCUUGUUUCCUACAACGGAAAGACAAGCAUUUGGGGGAAACA